AUGAGACUAUAUAUAAUACUAAGCUUGUACUUCUUAUUAACAAAAGAGCAAAUGACUUAUGAAGAAUGUAAGAGAGACUGCACUAUGGAUUGGUUAGAUUGUGUGAGUGGUUGUGAUAGUAUAGGAAAUCCUUCAUUUUGCCAUAAAAAUUGUCAAAAUGUAGUGCACUCAUGCUUAGAUGAAUGCCCAAAAAUUAUUUGUAUAGAUGAUUGCAGAAUCAGCUUAGAGUAAUGUAGGAAAAAUGGCAAAGGAGUUUGUGAAAUAUUGUUUAACCAAUGUGAGUUGAAUUGUCAAGACACUUAUAACUUAAAGGAAGACAUAUGA